CAGCAAGACAGCAGCAGCAGUGGUGACACAACAACAAACACAUACACGAAGACAAACAACCAUGUCGACGUCGACGCUGCAGGACCGCCCACGCCCGGGUGGCUUCCCCACCAUCAACUACGCUCGCAACGUGCCGAAGCGCGGCCCUUCUGGCCUUGCCAUUGUGCUUGGUGGCGCCGCUGUCUUUGUGCUUGGCAUGUACAAGAUCAACGAGGGUCGCAGGCAACGAAAGCUGCUGCACCAGGAGAACGUGAACUCCCGCCUUGUUCUGGAGCCAUUCCUCAACGCUGAGAAGGACCGCAGAUACAUUCAACAGGUUGCUGAGCAGCUUGAGGCCGAGUCGAUCAUCAUGCGGGAUGUCAAGGGCUGGAAGGUUGGUGAGCGCGUGUACAACACGGAUCGGUUUAUCCCGCCUGCACAGCGGCUGGACGUGGAGUACAAGCACAAGUAGCGGCAGGGCCCGUCACGCAACGUGCACGUGGUUUGAUGUGAUGCGGCUAUUGCAUGUGGAGCGUGAGGAGGAGAAUGGUGAGGACAAGCGAGACGAGAGCAAAUCAAUGUGGUGUGAGCACCUUCGAAGAUGUGUGUUUGUAGUUUGCGAUGAGAAUGGUGGUGUGUUUUCAUGGGUUCGAGGCUGUGCUUGGUGUGGUGCCAUCGUGUUCUUGCUUGGUUCUUCUCGUGUGUUUGUGUGUGAAUCAAGAACUUGAGAGAGUGGCGAGUUCACGGACUUGGGUGUGGGUUCUCCCUUGUUUCAUUUCUGAGGUGAACACAAAUUGGCGUGCACACACACACACACACACACACACACACACACAACAACAACAACAACAACAACAACAACAACAACAACAACAACAACAACAACAACACAUACACCACACCGUGUGAGCACACAGCCUACCAGAGUGUAAAAAGCAAAAGCACCACAGCCAACAGUAACCCUUGGCACAUAGCCGCUAGUAACCAACACGUACACACGCGCACGCACACUUACUCACACCCUCACGAGCACACGAGCACGUGAGCAACAAGUGGAACAAAACAAGUUGACAAAC